AUGCAGAAUGGUUAUCCCCCAUCCGGGUCAUCAUCAGGAAGUUUAGCUAAACUCACAUCCGACGCAUUGGCAUACGCAGACCAGACCAAACGAUAUGUUGGCGAACAAGUCAGUCGAUUAAACAUGCAGGUGCAGAUCGGUUUAUCCAACGAUGAAAGAUGUGGCGCCUGUUUCGAUUAUUUCAAAGAGCAUUCCACCGUACAGACCUCCAAUCCAUGUCCCAAUUCCCGAUCAAGAUAUCACAGCGCAACCUGUAUAGGGGGAGUAUCGAAUCUGUGUGAUAGAAGAUGUUUCGAUCAUCUAUGUUCGAACUGUCAGACUUCCUACUCUCAAGAUGUAGAUCGAGUUAGGGUAUUUGCAGAUGAUGGAGUGGAUGAUUCAGAGGGAUAUGUGGUAGUACAAAAGUAG